AUGGAGAAAGGUGAACGGUUUUCAGAAUACCUGUUCGCGAAGAUGGGUCCUGGAGACGGAGGGACGAAGACCACGGAGGACCGGAUGGCACCGUUCGAGCCAACCGGUGUGAAAAAAUGGUUCAUUGACAACACCAUGCUGGUGAUAACAUUGAUUGGUGUGAUUUCCGGCGUUGCUGUAGGAUUCGGUCUUCGUCCUUACGGUCUAGGUCCAGAUGCGCUUAUGAUAAUAUCAUAUCCAGGUGAAUUAUUCAUGAGAUUGUUGAAGCUAAUGAUACUGCCGUUAAUAAUCGCAAGCCUCAUUGCCGGCUCUGCGAGUCUGAAUGCCAAGAUGAGUGGAAAGAUUGCAGUAAGGACCCUACUAUAUUUCAUUCUGACGUCUAUGUUCAAUGCUGCACUUGGCAUACUCGUUGCAACAUUAAUACAUCCAGGAAAACCAGAUUUACGAGAUGAUUCAGUUGGUGUAACAAUUGGUAGAAGGGAACACAGUAUUUUGGAUAGUCUUUUGGACAUUGGAAGAAACAUAUUUCCUGACAAUAUAGUACAAGCUGCUUUCCAACAAGCACAUACAGUUUAUGCUAAACCUCCAACCAUAUUUGCUGAAAAUGCCAGUGAAAGUGACACGUUACCAGCUCUAGUUCGAGUAGUGUCUUAUAGAUCUGGCACCAAUACUUUGGGUUUGGUUUUCUUCUGUUUGGUCUUCGGAAGUCUGCUAGGAACUUUAGGGCCUAAAGGCAAGGUCGUAAUUGACUUCUUCCAAGCUAUUUUCGAAGUAAUCAUGAAGAUGGUUACAGGUGUUAUGUGGUUGACUCCCCUCGGAGUCAGCAGUGUCAUCGCAGGAAAGAUAUUAGGCGUUAGCAACGUAGGACAAGUCAUGUCUCAACUUGCAUGGUUCAUAGCUACAGUGGCAAUUGGAGUGUUCUUCUAUCAACUCAUCGUAAUGCAACUGAUAUACUUCAUAGCUUUGAGAAAGAAUCCUUACAAGUUCUACUGGGGAUUAUCUCAUGCUAUGCUGACGGCUUCUGCAACUGCGUCCACCACUGCCAGUGACGUUUCGAGCUAUGGAGGGUCCAUUACGCAUAGACCCUCGCAUCACAAGGUUCGUUCUGCCCAUCGGGUGCAACAUCAAUAUGGACGGCACCGCUCUAUUCCUCGCUGCUGCCAGUGUAUUCAUCUGCCAGAUGAACACAAUUCCAUUGGGCUUUGCACAGCUCGCAACUAUCUUUCUGACGUCGACAGCGGCGUCGGUGUCGUCUGCGUCGGUGCCGUCCGCGGCGAUGGUGCUGCUGCUGGUGGUGCUGGCGGCGGUGGAUGCGCCCGCGCACGACGUGUCGCUGCUCUUCGCUAUAGACUGGCUCGUGUGAGUCAUCAUCAUUUAGCAUCAUCUGACCGCAUUCGAACAACUAACAAUAUGCUGGGCGAUUGUUAUGCAGCGGCAGUAGUCGAACACCUCUCUAAGAACGAGCUGAUGGCCUGCGAUGCUAUAUCCAACGAGCCGGUUGCGAAUGGUACAACGCCGACUUUGAACACCGAAGUGGAUUUAGGUAUCGUCACACCGAGCAGGAAGUCUAUAGCCUCUGACGACGUCAUUAUUGAUAUGCAUUUCAGCGGACACCACUGCAACUCCAUCAAGAGAAUGUAG